AUGCAUGCAGAAAUGAUAUGCGAAAUAAUUUAUUUCAAAUUCAAGGAAACAAAUUAUACAUAUCAAACAAAAGUAUUUCAUUUCUUCUAUUUAUGGAUUUGGAAUUUAAUUGAAUUCCUGGACAAAAUUAAAUUUUUGGACGAAGAUAUUGAUAAAAGAAUGUCAUUUGUUGAAAAGCAGGACAUUUUUGCUUGUUUGCCUGGCUAUAUUUCUGAAAUGACUUUUGCUGAUUGGUUACAAAAUAAUGUUAUUCGUGUACUUGAGCUAAAGUUUUAUCCACAUAUAAAAUUUAACAACAUUAAUCAGGCCAAAUAUAUCGUAAAGACAAGUGUUAUCAAUUUAUUACCGGUUGCAAACAAAAAAGCAACUUCCUAUAUUGAAGUUUUACAACUUGAUAAAAUAUUUAAAUUUAAUAAUAAAAACAAUAAUUUGGAGCAAAAAGAAAUUAUUUUAAUUUUUGCUUCAAUUAUGUUAAUAUCCAAAAAUAUAUCUUUAAAUUAUACAGAAAAGUUUAAAGUAUUUGAAUUAUUUGAAAAAGAAUUUUUAAAUUUUGUUUCAAUAUCGGAAUAUUUAAAAGACGAGUAUGAAAGAAUUUUGGAAAUUUUGAAAGAGUAUUUUAUUGAAAAAGUGCGAAUAGAUUCUAAACAAUUGGAAAUUAAAGUUAUCAAUUUUUAUAUUAAAGUUUUUGAAAAAUAUCAAUUGUUGGAGUGGGUUAAAGUGUUAAUUGAUGAAUUAAAUAAUGAAGUUACAUCGCUAAAUAGCACAGGUAUAGGUAUUUAA